UUAAAAGACCAAAACCCUUAACACGUAUACUUGAGGCCUUAAACCUGAUGAACGGCUGAAUCAUGCUGUCAUUUGUUGACUCUUGGCAUUCGUUCACCUGCAUCAGCGACGCUCGGGAAUAUUGAGAUUAGGAUCAGGAGAUUAAAGAGGGUGAAGUGAAUGAGGUGUGAUUAAUGAGUGAGUGAGUGAAUGAAUGAGGAAACAGUUUGUUUGUUUGUUUACUGUCCGUCUGUGAGUGCUGGCUCCGCCCCCUCCUGGAGCCUGAGGCCUGUUGUUUCUGCUGAGUCGUCGCUGCUGUCACUGGAGCCGAGGUCGACACCAGGAAGUGGGAGGAGCAGGCAGGGCGAGAGAGAGAGAGAGAGAGAGAGAGAGAAUGAAAGAGAAAGAGAGGGAGAGGGAAGACGAGGUCACUCAGGUGGAUUCAGCUCCAGUUCCUCACCCUCUCACCCUCCCUCACCCUCUCACACUGUGACUCUGGAGCAGCAGGGAGCCUCAGACAGGUGUGUUGUCUUUGUGUCUCAGGCAGCGCAGGAGCCUGGCCCUGAACCUGGCCCUGGCCUUGAUCCUGGGCCUGAACCCGGCCCUGGCCUUGGUCCUGGCCCUGGUGUUGGUCUCCAUGUGUGCCUGCAGAAGGCAGAUCAGUUGGAGGCGUGGCUACAGGAAGCCCAGAGGAUCCUGGGAAAAGCUGCAGGUUCGUGUGGCGUCGUCAUGCAGGAGAGCGUUGAACAGCAGCUGGUCACCUGCCAGGAGAUGUUUCUGGAGAUCCAGCAGAAGAUGGACAGUCUGUCAGCGCUCGGUCCAGUCUCUGAUCUGGAACUAGACCUGGGACCUGAACCAGGACCAGACCUGGGACUGGGACAGGUUGUCUCCCAGCAGGAGGCAGCAGAGCUGCUCUUUUCUAAAGUGAAGCUCCUCAAACAGAAGCUGGUUUCCUUCCAGAAACUUCUGCAGGAGGAGAAGAAGGUGGACAACACAGAGACACAACAACAACAACAACAACAACAGCGCCCCCCUCAGUCUGAGCUGAGGCGCAGCAGCGUUCAGGAAAUCUUCUCCUCGCCGAGAAACAAGUUCCUCAGACAGAACAGUCUGCAGCAGCAGAAGGAGCUGGAGCAGGAUCUGAGUGAACAGAGAGGACUGACUCAGGCCAUCGCUCGACUCUGCAGCCAAGAGUCAGAGGAGCUCAGUCAGCCAUCACCAUGGGGGCCUCCUGCUGGGCCUGAUGUGCGCGCCGUGGAUCAGGAGAAGAAGUGGGCCGCCCUUCACAGUGGGUUCCUGGCUGUGGAGCAGCUCUGGCUUCUUCCUCCCUCUGAGGUGACAGACUCGUGGAGGAGACGCAGACGCUCUGAUGGAACAGCGGGACGCGUGAUUGUCCCUCAGAGUCUCAUCAGGCGUCUGGGGGAACUGGGACUGAGAGCGUCGGCUCAGUCUCUGGACGAGGUUUCCCGUCAGACACUGGACGAGGAUUUGUUUCUUGUUCUGCACGACGUCUCCUUGUCUUUGUCCUCCAUCAAACAUCUGUUGGACUCACCUGAGUCCAGCAGAUGUGAGGAGGACGAGGAUGAGGUUGAGGAAACUCUGCCGAAGUUGCUUCAGCUGCAGAGUCUGUCAGCAGAGCUGUUGACCCUUGGCGAUGAGCUGUCCUCUCAGGGGUCAAAGGUCACCGCUGUCCUGGGCUCAGAGUGUGUUCAGCGGUGUGUCGAUGACCUGAGCAGAGUCCUUCCUGUGGUCCAGGCUGCUCUGACCAGCCGAGAGAAGCAGCUCAAGAACCUGCAGGAGGAGACUGUGAAGCAGAAGAGACGUCUGAGCGAGUUGCAUGCAGCCUUCACCUCUAACAAGACGACGCCUCCUCCUCCUCCUCAAAUAACCAAUAAACUCAGUGAAACUCUGAGCCCUAACCAACAACUACAGGUUGUGAAUGAGACACAGGCGUCUCUGCAGCUGCAGGUGACGCAGGUGAAGUCUCUGCUGGAGGACGUCGAGCAACGCAACCCGUCCUCGUCCCUCGUCCACCAGGUCCAACAGCUGCAGGGUGAGCUGGACUCGUCUCUGCGUGGCGUUCACUGUCACUGUGAGCAGCUGACGAGCAGCGAGGAGCUGCAGCACAUGUUUGAGCAGCUGCUCCACAGCCUGCAGGAGCUGCUCACUCUGGGCCAUGAACGCCUCACACACCAGGAGCAGCAGCAGCAGCAGGAGGAGGAAGCAGAGCUGCAGAGCAGGAGUCACCUGCAGCAGCAGCUCAGCAGUCACACGUUCAUCACUUCAUAA